CUACAGUUCCCUCAGAGCUCCAUGGAGGUGUUAGUUGUCAAUAUGGCUGUUGUCAGACAGACAAAGCGGAGAGGCAAAUAAUUCGUCUCUGAUAAGAAAUCCUGGGAGAAGCGGCGGACGGGGCGCUGCUAUCAAACUGAUUUAUUGUUCGACUGCGGUAAAAGACAGCGCGGAUCUGUUCGAAUUGUAAAGUUAAAUGGUGAAGUGGCCUAUCUGAGCUAAGCAGGAUGUCUGAGUUCAGUGAGGAGCCGCGCUUCACUAUUGAGCAAAUAGAUCUGCUGCAGCGGCUGCGUCGCACUGGUAUGACCAAGCAGGAGAUCCUGCACGCACUUGACACCCUCGAACGGCUGGACCGGGAGCAUGGCGACAAGUUUGGCCGCCGAACCUCUUCUUCCUCUUCCUCCUCGUCUUCUUACGGAGUAGGCGGGGCAAACAACUGCACCAACAACUCUGCCUCGAAUACUACCACACCAUUCAACAAUAACAACACUGCCUCUGCAACUACCACCUCCUCAGUGUCAUGUAACGGCAACACCAGUGCCAUCAGCAGCGGCGAGGGCACCGGCGAUCACCUUGCAGCUGACGCCUCUUCCACGCCUUCCAAAAUCUCCACCGCCACGCAGACGCAGUUCAGCAGUGGGGCACUCUCGCCAUCCCUUAUGAACAGCUAUGAUACCUCACCACCUCCAGGGCCGCCGCCACCUUCUGCCAUUCUGCCCUCACCUAUCUCACUGGUGGCGCUUUCACAGAACGGCCGCGACAGCCUGGCUGCCACCCCUAACGGGAAGCUGUCCCCUCCACGAUACCCAGUGAACAGUGCAGCAGCGGCACGGGCCUUUGGGUUCGAAGCUGCCGAGGAGGACCUGGACAUAGACGAUAAGGUGGAGGAGCUGAUGAGGAGGGACAGCAGUAUGGUGAAGGAGGAGAUCAAGGCCUUCCUGGGGAACAGGAGGAUCUCUCAGGCGGUGGUGGCCCAAGUCACCGGGAUCAGCCAAAGCAGAAUCUCCCACUGGCUGCUGCAGCAUGGCUCAGACCUCAGCGAGCAGAAGAAGAGGGCCUUCUACCGCUGGUACACGCUGGAGAAAACCACACCAGGUGCUACCCUCAACAUGCGGCCAGCUCCUUUGCCCCUGGAGGACAUGGAGUGGAGGCAAACCCCGCCCCCUCUGAGCACUGCGCCCGGAACCUUCCGUCUGCGAAGGGGAAGUCGCUUCACUUGGAGAAAGGAGUGUCUGGCUGUGAUGGAGAGCUACUUCAACGACAACCAGUACCCAGACGAGGCAAAGAGGGAGGAGAUCGCCAACGCUUGUAACGCUGUGAUUCAGAAACCAGGGAAGAAGUUGUCUGAUCUGGAGAGAGUCACCUCCCUGAAAGUUUACAACUGGUUCGCCAACCGUCGCAAGGAGAUCAAGAGGCGGGCAAACAUUGAAGCCACAAUCCUGGAGAGUCAUGGGAUCGAUGUCCAGAGUCCAGGCGGACACUCGAACAGCGACGACGUCGACGGGAACGACUUCUCCGAGCAGGCAUGUGACCUGCCCUAUUUUGACAAAAGACCUCUGAGCCGACCGUUUGGUCUUUACCGCCUGGAGCCGACCUCACCGACUCAGGAUGACAGCGCAGCGCACAGCGAGCACCAGGACCCCAUCUCCCUGGCUGUGGAGAUGGCUGCUGUCAAUCACACCAUCCUGGCCCUGUCCAGAACCGGGGGCGUACCCGGCGACAUCAAGACAGAGUCCCUGGAGGAUGAAUGAGCCGUACACAUGUAAGGAAAAAAAAACCCGGGAUGGUGGAGGCAGCGAACGGGAAAAAUGAAAAACUGUGGAGUGAAUCUGCAAAAGGAGGAAAGGGCGGAGGGAAAGAAGAGGUGGGAAACAAAAGCUUAGUAAAAGGAAUCAGGCUCACACUAGACUUCCUCUCCUCCAUUCCUCCCAUGAAUUAAACGGUCAUCACCUCCCCUCCUGCUUCCUGGCGACACUCACGGAACCGGUGGCGACGGCGUGCCACCUGAUCUCUCUACGAAUAUCCCACAGAAAGAAGAAAAGCGAGCGAGCCGGGCCUUUAUCCUCCAAAGCGAUGACCAUGGUCUGGGUUUGACUGUCCUCAGUACACUUUCUCCUCACAGGAUACCUCGUCUGUAGUUCUCCUCCCCCCUCUCCAGCCUGGACGUCUGAGCCGAUCCUCAGUCUCUCACCUCAGCGUCAACCUCAGAAAAAUUACCUGCACUGUAUAUAGAAUAUAUAUAAAUAUAUAGUUCUCACUCACCCGCCAUCCUCAUCGUGCAGUUCACCAGAAGAGUAGCGAGCGUCUCUCCACCCGAACUGUCCUGUCAUUAUCUCCAUCCCGCUGUAGCUCCCGUUCCCUUUCCCUGCCGUGCUGUUGUUGAAUGGAAUCCUCACACCGCUGGAGAGUCUGAAGCUGAAGAAGUAGCCUUAAUUUAAUACGCCUUUUUUUUUUCUUUUCUUUUCCAAAGUGUUUCUCUCACAUCAAGGAUCAUAAAAUGUUUCCAGUGUGCAGACUGUGAAGAGAAAUGUCCAAAUUAGUUUUGUGUUAAAGAAGCAGCGGUGGGCUUUUUUUCUUCAGAGAACUUGUGACUCGUUUUGUGGUCAGUUGGUAUUCAGCUUCCUGGAAAACGUUUGAGGCCGUGAAAUGAAAUCGAGGGAAGAUGAUGCAAACUUAAACUAUGUGACAAUAGAAAUAUUGUACUUUCUUUUAAACAUCAUUCAUGCCAAAGGAAGAGAUGGAGCAAAGCUGAACUCACUUAAACAUUCAUUGACUGCAUUGAUGACUUUUUUUUUAACCCACUGUGACCUUUAGUGGGUGACACUACAGCUAAUAUGAUCAAAGAUCCUGAAGCGAUUUCCUGCGUAUUCUGUGACGCUGCCUCUUUAAGAGCCUAAACCUGUUUUUUAUUUUUUUUUAUUAUUAUUAUUGUUAAAUAUAUAUCAGUGGGUUGAAGUUAAACUAAAUCCACACAAGAAGUGAUUCAGAAUAUCAAAACCUUUGAGCCGUUCUGAAUGUUUAACAGCCUCAAAGGUAUUGUUAAAGCCACAGUAUGUAGGAUUUAGGAGCGUUUAUUAGCGGAGGUGGAUGACGCAUUAAUAGCAGUCUGCUCAUGUAGAAUUUCUGCAACAAGGACUCUAGUUUUCAAAAGUGUAGAAUGAACCCUAAAUAAACAGGGCCAGAACCGCUGAUGGAGGCUGCCAUGUCGAUACAGUAGCCCAGAAGGGACAUAUGUACUGUGCCUUUUGCCAUGCAGCUGUAACACUGAAGAAUAAAGAAGAAUCAGUGGUUGCACCCUGAAAAACAUUUUCUACUUGUAGCUAGUGCAAGCUAGCAAAUUUUGGAGCCCUCGUUUUUGUGAAAUGUGGGAUCAUACUCCCCCCACCAAUAAAACAAAACAAGGGAGCAUGCAUCUCCAUCGCCAACAAGAAAAGUGAUAAAAUCAGAAAUUGGCAGCAUAACAGAGCCUCACCACUAGAUGGUACUAAAACUUAUACUGUAGCUUUAAAGCUUCACAUUCAGAUAUACAUGGGUCAUUUUAGAAAUCACUGGCCCUUUGUUUUGGUGCUGGGUUGAUCUUUAUGAAGCCAGUUAUUUUUCUUUUUAAGGGAACCCCAGUUUUGGAGAAAGAGUGACACUCAACCCUGUUAAAUCAUUCAGAUACAUUUUUAAACGCCUCACUUCUGUUUGUUGUUGUGAAUGCUAAAAACCGCGUGGAUAACCGCGCUAUUAAUUCUGUUUCAGUGGCCGCGAUACGGCGGCUCAGUACUGGGACCUGUGACUCAAAAACAAAUGGUUUAAAGAUAUUGUAUUUAUACUCAUUUUUAUUAAGGUAAUGUACAGAAAGUGAUGUUUUGAAAUGACUUUGUUAAAUUAAUCAUACAUUUUGAAUUUUGUUUUCUCCUCCAUCCCUUAUUUGACUGAACAACAGUCUGUCUGACGCAGUAAGCUAUUUUAAAAAUGCACCUUAAUGAGAAAUAAUCGCUGUUGACUAAGCUUGAAACGUAACCUUCCCUCCUCAAAGACUUAACGUACAUUUUCAGCAGUCAAUGUCACGUCACCCUGUUGAUGAUAAAUAUUUUAACACAUAUCUCUCGGUCAUGUGGCGUGCUUUAUCAGAAUAACAUCGUACCAAACUCAACACUGAGAACUAAUAAAAUAAAACCACUUUGAUUAAAGGCCCAUUCAAAUAUCAGUCAACGUAUUAGUAAGGUUCAUAAAUAAUGUGCGUGUAACAGAGUCUGGCCCUCAAUGUACACUUCAGGGAGAAAUAAUGAGUAAGAGUCAUAAGGAGUGGACCUACACUGGUUCAGCUCUUAGCUGAAUCAGGUUCUGUUUGAUUUGAUAAAUGGUGGACAGGCGGAGCUAAUAAGACUGUCUUUGAUCAAGUUUUUUGGGGAUAAUAAUUGAGAUUGCCACAAGAUCUUUCCAACUCCCAGAACAGAAUACUGCCUUACGUCCACCAUGAUGUGACGACCUGAAACGAGGCGUUUACGAAGCUUAAAUUCUGGUUACAGCAGGAGGUUUUCUAGACUCUGACAUUUAGCUUUUAGGUUUUGAGGAUGUUCAAUGUAGAACUGCAACCUUGUUUGAUUAUAAAAGAUAAUUAGAAACAGUCCGACUCCUUAAGACUGCAAGGUGGUGGAAAAAUUGGGAUUUGACAUCACAUAUGCCAGAAUGUGGCCGUAGAAGAUUUUCGGUGUUGGAAGUUUGAUGCGAUGUUCAUUUCCAAACAAUGUACGUUAAACUUAAAUGUUAGUGGAGGGAAAAUAGGACACGAGUGCAUUUUGAGAUUAUUCUUUGUGCGAGACAUCGUCUUCACCUGAGAACCACGGAGGCCCAGUUAGCAGUAUUUAAUGUGAAUGUUUGGGCAUUGGCAAAAACAAAAAAAUUUAAAUAAAUUGUGAUGAGGAAAAAGGCUAUUGUCUGUGUGAGGUCGAGCGCCCUCUUGUGGUGUGUCAGGGUCAAGAUGUCUACAUGUUUGUGUGCGUCCCCAGUGAACACCAUCCACUUCAUCUCAGUGUAGCUCUGGAAAAAAGGACUGAAUGCUGUUUCAGUCUCAAAAUCUACUUCUGUUCACAAUUACUGUAUUACUCAUUUCAGAAUUUAGUGCCUUUUUUGGACAGUAGACUGUUCUGUAAUUAAGAUGUAGUAUAUAUACAUUUUUUUGUACAGUUUCUUUGUUCAUUUUUUUAACUUGUGUUUAUUUUAGUAUGAUACAUAUAAUGUAUAAGAAUAAAGCUAUAUCAAUGCCA